AUGAACGACGGCGGCGACCCUCAUCGCGUCUUGGCGCGUAAUGCCGCCUGUCACCAAUGUCGGAGGCGAAAGCUAAAAUGCGACGCCGUACGCCCCACCUGUGGGAACUGCCGCAAGCCCCGACAGCGCGGCCCCGAAAAGUACGAGCCACCAGAAGCAUGUUCUUGGGACGAGGCGAGGGACCCAUCAGCUCGCACGCUCCGUAAACGCGAGGCCAAGGCGGCGAGACGCAUCAACACGGGCAAGCCGCCGCCUGCGGCCCCGGCGAUGUGGGGAAACGGCGUGGCUGGUCCAGCGACACUGUCCAUGCACCAGCACCCGGUGAUGCAUGGCCAACCGGGGUUGCCUCUCCCAGAAUCCCACGCUCCUCUUGACCCCAGCUAUCCUAAGUCAUACAACGGUGACAGUGUGCCUCCUUCCAUGCUCUCCUCCAUGCGUCCUCAAACCAUGUCUACAUCUCCCAAUGACCCUCCCCCUCCGCUCCCACUGCCACCACAACAUGGUUUCCCCAACAAUAUCCACUGGGCUGAGCCGCAGCGCUCAGAACCGCAUAUGACCGGUGCCUCUGCCUACCACCAGCAGCAGUACUCUGGGCCAAUUUCGGACAACUCAUUCCAUGGCCACAACUCAACGGGUCCUCCACUCAACCCACAAGUGUCACAGGUCAUGUUCUCGGACUGGCCUCACGAUCUUCCUCACCCAGAGACGGUGCAUCACAUGGUCGACGUCUUCUUCGCGCGCGUGCGACUCAUUCCGAACAUGUUUCACCGUGCCUCGUUCCUUGCCAACCUUACGUUGCCCCCAUCUCAUCGUGACUUCCCAACGUUGGCGGUUAUGCACGGUAUCUUGGCGCUCACAGCGCCCUACAUUCCGCCAGAGUCGCUUGCUUCCCGGGCCUACUUCCCAGUCGGUUCCCCUCGGGACGCAGCUGUCCACCCAGAGUAUGACUUCAGCCCGCGGUCGUCUCUACAUCCGGCGUCCUCGCUCAUGACCUUGACCCCGACUAGCAUCGGUGACGGGUCGGCGCUCCACAGGUUCCAAAUGUGGCACCGUCGCAAGUCUUACGAGAAUCUGAGCCAGCUCGUCACCAACGGGUUGUAUCUAAUCCAGGCUGUGCAAUCUGCCUUAUGUACGACCUGGGUCGACCUCAAGAACGGGUGGUGGUCUGAUGUCUGGGUCGAGUCAGGCAAUGCCGUACGAAUGUCCGUACCUCUCCAUCUCAACCUUUCAUCCAAGAGUGAGGCUGAUCCACUAUCGCACAAUAUUGGGUCCAUCCUCCGCGAAGCGGGCACCGAACUUGAGCAGGCGCAGCGUGACCGUGUCUGGUGGUGCGUCUAUCUCACAGAACGAGCUGCGGCUUGCGGGUCGCUGUGGCCCAACGCAAUUGCCGACGACGACAUCACGGUCGAACUGCCGAUCACUCGCCACAUCUUCGACAGUGGGGUGGGUGACCUUGUAGGUGUUCAGACCUUCCAGUCGCCAAACUUUUACUCGCACCACCCGUCGCAACACCGUGACACACUUUGCAUGUACAUUAAAGUCACGCGCGUCAUGUCGGACGUGCUCACUUUCAUGCGCAAGUAUUCGCGAGGCCUCCACACUUUCCAGCGGUUCUUCUCUGAUCCAAACUUCCAGCAAGUGUUCAACAACAUUGGUACGCUGCGCUCCAGCAUGCCCGAGGAGUUCCGGACGAGCACCACAAACACGCCCCACGGGCCCGUUGUCGAUCCAGACAAGUACAUCGUGAUCGACCUCUUGCACUGUGCUCUCAUUACCAUCGGAGGACCCCUCAUCACCCACCAGACUUGGAUGCUGCCCCAGGCGCGCCACAUUUUGCACGAGAUUCGCCACGUCGUGUCCAACUACCUCGAACUCGCCGCAACGUCCUUUGACAUCACGCAACUCUCGGUGCACGUCUCGUUCAUCUGGUUUUCGGCUGCGCGCAACCUGAUCCGCUUCAUCCACUGUGCCAUGAAAUCCGACCUGGUGCAGGCGCAGAUGGAACUGCCGGCUUUCGAUGCUGACCUGCGGCAGCUCAUGGGCGCCCUCGCACGUAUGGGCGAGCGUUUUCCCACUGCAUUGCGCUACGCCAAGGUUCUCGAGGCCACGAGGGCGAGGCCUAUCGAGCCAGUUGGCGAGAUUAUCGUGCUCAACCGCGACGAGAAUAUCUUCGACUCGGAAUACGGCGGCAACCUCCCGCGCAAGACGCCCUCGUCCUCAUCGACAGUAAGCCCGACGGUAUUCCAAGACGUGACACCGGUCAACCCCGGCUCGUCCAAGACGGGUUCGCCUCCAAACCCACCUGGUGUGUCGCCCUUACUCGGCACUGGUAGGCCUCAGCAGCCACAACAGCCCGAGGCACAGAUGGGGGCGCAGAACGUGUACUACUCAGAUGACGCCAAGGACUUCUCGCAGUGGUUCAAGCCAGAGGCUUUCGACGUGUCGACGUACUCGUUCGACGUCGAGGCCAUGACGCAGCUCGUCAACGCACACGGGCCCAACGGGCCCAACAUGCAGUUUGACGGGAGCAUGCUCGCGUUCCCAAACUAG